CAUGAACAAUCAGGAAAAUACAAAUUCCUAUGAGAGAAACUAUAUAUGUACAAGUAGAAUAAACAUUAGAGUGACUGAAAAAACCAGAAGGAGAUGAAAAAAAGUGAAAGCAAAAGAAAGGAUCCAAGACCAAAGCUGUCUGAGUCAGUAGAAGUCGUGGAAGCCGGAGAUGGUAAAAGGAGAAGAGAAGGGAGCCAUGGAGAGAUCCAAGAAGAAGAAAAGACAUGGAGAAGCAGAAGGAGAAGCAAGAGAAAGAUUCCUACAAUGAAUGUUCCGGUUUGUAAGAUUGGUAAUACAUAAUCCUCUAAUAGUGAGACAAGGUAAGAGCCGCAUAGGAACCAUCCGAAGAGUACAACAAGCACAAGUGGAACUAUUGGCGAUGGCCCUUUGCUCUCCAUAGCUUUUGCUCAAGUUGGUGUCGUUGAGUGAAGAUUAGCUCAUAUGUGCAGUUGUGAUUAUGUUUUUAAAUAGACGUGGUUUUGUUUGGAUGCAUGCGGUUAGAUAACCUAAUUUGCGCAAAUUUCCUUUGUAUACUGCCUUAUAUUUUGUUCCUAUUAUAUAUGAUCAACUAUAGUUAAUAGAUGAUGAUAUCAGCUUAUGGUUAAAUAAAACUAUAAAAGUAAGUCUUCAUAGUUUUCGACGAAUGGUUAUACCAAUCUAAGAACAUUUUCGUUUGUUAAAUUGUUCAACUGCCUCUACGUUUGAUACGAGAA